GAGAAAACUAAGCUUAUAUCCAGAUAACUCUCCAUGAUCUACUACUUACAGCAAGAUAGUUUCAUAUUCCACUGCAGAUAAAUUUGAUAAAAGUGGUUUACUGAUUAGAAACGUAAAAUGGCGUCACUUCGAGUUUCUCCUCCUACUUUUUUGUUUCUGCUUGCACCGCUCCUUAUCUUGGCUACAGUGAACUGCGAUGAUGAAGAAGGUCACGUCCUUUCCGGUAUCAACAGUUACCGGCAAUCCCACAGUUUACCAGCCCUAACGAAGCAGGACAAGGCCGAUUGUCUAGCCGAUGAAAUCGCAGAUGAGUUGGAAAAUCAACCAUGCCCCAGCGGCGGCAUUACUCCGGCUCCGGCAUCUCAAUUUGCUCAGUACCCUAAACUGUUAGACAAGUGCAACAUAAACAUUAACACGACAGCUGAAGGUGUUAUCCUCCCUGUUUGUGUCCACGAUCGGGUCGCGACCCUAGUGCUAACGAACUAUACUCAGUCUCGGCAUGCGGGGUACCUUAACAAUUCUAAGUAUACUGGAGCUGGAAUUGGCACCGAGAAAGACUGGACUGUGGUGGUCUUGACGACGAACACUGUCGGUGGAAGCUUUACUAGUGGAGUAACUAGUUUGAUUAAUAUUAGUGUGUUUGGUAUGAGUACAACUCAUUAUUAUUUGAUGUUUUUGUUGUUAGGUCUCUUCCUAGCUAUUAAUUGAUGUCACUAGUAGUUACGUUGUUCCUUGAUCAUCUGUAUCGAACCCCUGUUUUAUUUCAUGUAUGUAUUCCAAGAAUAUUCUGGAUUAUUACGAGUA